AUGCCGCUCCAGAUGGUGAAGCGUCUCCUGCUGUGGUUUGUGUUCCUCCCUGACCCGGCUGAGUCCAACGGCUCCAGGACGAUACUGGAGACCCCAGCCCCAUCUAACACUGACAGCAGCAGCAGGCUCCACAGGAUUUUCCGGCUGGAACACAUCCUGCCCGGCAUCCUCCUGGAGACCAGUCCGCCUGUCUGCCCUCCUAAGUCGGCUUCAGUCAGGAGGACACACGGUUUCUAUGCUGUCAUAAUUUCAGUUUUCAUCUGGUUCCUCUCUCUGUCUCUCUCUCUCUCUCAGUUUCUCAUCUGUGGGAUGUGUGGAGUCCUGUGUGCUAGGAAGAGGACUGGACUCAUCGUAAAUGAUUUCAUUUUCUCAGCCUGCUGUAUCUGUGGUCUGAUUGGAGGGAUUCUCAACUUCCAGUUCGUUCGGGCGUUGUCACGACGACCGGACUCUCUCCGCUCGCUACACCUGGCGGCCAUGACCAUUGCCUGCCUGGGUAUCUCUUCCUGUACUCUCUCUACCUGGUUGACCUGUCGUCUGGCCAGUUCAGAACAACAGAGGAUGUUUCUGGAGAGAGAACACUCACUGCACCACUCACAUGAGAUGGCUGAGAAGGAACCAUACACACACGGAUCUUUUUGUGUUUCUAACAGGAGAUCCUGGACAACUCCAGCAACGGGAUUCCCCAGAUCUCCUACAACAGCAACACCACCUCUCUUUGACAACAGACACACAUUGUUGCCCUGACAACAGACACACCUUGUUGCCCUGACAACAGACACACAUUGUUGCCCUGACAAUGGACACACCUUGUUGCCCUGACAAUGGACACACCUUGUUGCCCUGACAACGGACACACCUUGUUGCCCUAACAAUGGACACACCUUGUUGCCCUGAUAACAGACACACCUCGUUCCGCUGACCAUGGGGUGAUAUCAUCCAACAGAGCUGAGCAGCACUAUUACACAGUUGUGUGUGGAGAACUUCAACACAGAUGGAAGAAGUUGUUUCCCAAAGGAAAACUGAAAUGAACGCUCUUCUUGGACAAGUUGUUACUAGUUCUGAUAGUCCUAACAGACAGUCACAUGACCUCUGACCUCACAGACCGUGGGGCCAGCCGCUUCAAACUAAUGAGCACAAAAGAAGCAUGCAAUCAAUUUGUAAUCUCUCUCUCUCUCUCUGGCUAUAUGAAUGCAGGUAUACUGUGUUUGAAGGAAAAAUGCUAUAGCUAUCUGAUGUAGAGCAGAAUAUGGAAUGCUUUAAAUAUUAUAUAUGCAACCAACGAUGCAAACUGAAUAUCAGUGGUGGCCAACCAUCCUCCUGGAGAGCUACUGGGUUUGCAGGCUUUUGCUCCAGCCCUGCUCUAACACACAUAAUUAAGUUAAUCAAGAUCCUGGAGACUGAACACCAAGAAGGUCUCAAGGAGGUGGGUUGGCUAACCCUGCUGUAUAUUCAUGCUUGUAUAUCAGGAAAACAAUCAUUAUCUAUGGAGUGACAAUAUGUUUCUUUAGGCUUCUAUCAAACACACAUAAAACUCUGGAAAUGUUAGAUGGUGUUGUAGAUUUCAUAACCAGUUCCAGAGACACACACACACAUAGAUGUCAGGCAUCCAUUCUGAUAUUGAAUUAAAGGAGACGUGCUCUCUGCUAAGGGGACUAUUGUCUGUGGGAGAACAAGAUAUUGAUCUCACACGCCAGUGUGUGUGCGUGUGUGCAUGCUAA